GCCAAGUUUCGACUUUGACUAUUGUCCUCUUUCUUCCUGUCUCUCUCUCUCCACCGCCUUUUUCAGUGUUGUGUUCCGUCUGAUUGAGUUUUGGCCUUCGAGGAUUCAGGCGAUUUCCCUUCUUCUUACUCAACUGGAUCUUGAAUUGGUAUUGGCGAAAGGAUACUGGCAAAUAGUUUGAAGGAAAAGGAAAAAGCAGUAUGCGGUGGUGGUUAAGUCUCUCUGUAGAUGUUUUUCGGAAAGUUGUGUCUUUGAACCUGUAUUGUAGAGUAAUUCUGUAAUUUCUUUGAUCUAGACCCUUGAAAAUCCUUUAACUUUGAUACUAUACCCCCCAUAUGGGAUCCAAUCUCUUUGUCGUCCUUCCCUGCUAUGUACGCAGGAUUAGCUGAACAUAUUCAAACCCAUUUCUUGAAGUUUUCGUUCCAGACCGUUGUCCUUUUUUUCUCCUGAAAUUUUCGUUCCAGACCGUUGUCCUUUUUUUCUCCUCUGCACUACUCGGGAUCUGCUGUUGAUUUUCUUCUGGGAUCUGCUGUUGGGUUUUGUUUGUUGAUUGAUCGAUCUGUGUUUUACGGAACUUGUUGUUCGCCGGAAGAUAGUGUUGUUGUUUUACUAUUGAAGGGUCGGGACGUAGUUAUGGUGUGCCAAGCAGCGAGCCAAACAAGAUUUCGGGCAUUGAAACACGAGAAUGGGAUUGCUGGGAGCGCCACCAUUAUUGUUAGAGUUAUAGCAUGCUUUCAACCUUUACAGGAUUGCCAGGCUGAGUACUUCCGUCAUUUGCUUAAACCCGUUACGUAGAUUGAUUUCUCCCCUUCGCAUUUCAAGUUAAGCUGGAGUUUUUAGUUUUUUUCUUUAUUCCUGAAAGAGACAACAAGUGAUCAGCAACCUGUAAUUGUGCUUCUGAUUUUUUGGGGGUGUAUGUUUUUAAUUCUUAGGUGAUCGUCUUGGUUUGAUGGAAAAGGACUGUGGAUCCUGGCUUCCCCAUCAGCAUCCUGGCUGGCUGUCACCCAAUUUGAAUACUUUGAGUGCUCCACUGGGGCUUGAACUGGAGCAGCAAAAUAUUAUUUCUGCAUACAUGAACCCUUGCCCCAAUUUGGUUCCCACAAGUGGGUCUUUGACAGCACACGCAUUUUCUGUGCUGCCUCAUUCACGCCCCAGCCAACCAAAUGAACCUCAUGGAUGGUUUUACUGUUUACCCCGUUUCCGGCAGGCCUUCACACAUGCGUCCAAUUCCAUUCUGAAAGAGAAACUCCCUGCCGGCCCUUAUGGGAACUCUAGGGUGGUCAACGCACCCAAUGUUAUCUCUGAGUGUGCUCAGAAGAGAUUCCUUGUUUUUGAUCAGUCAGGUGAUCAAACAACAUUGGUUUUUAGUUCUGUGAUUGGUACUCCUGGCCAGUGCUUGACUUCUUGGAGCCCAAAACCUUCUGGUGCUCAUAAUUUGAGUGGGGGAGAGGAAGGAACAAAACGAGAUCUGAUUUUUCACCAGGGACCAAUUCUGACUGAUGAAUCUAAUGAAAAUGGUGGAACUGAUGUGCAGAGUGAGAUGCAUGAGGAUACAGAGGAGCUCAAUGCCUUGCUCUAUUCGGAUGAUGAAUACAGUUACUCUGAAGAUGAUGAAGAAACAAGCACUGGUCAUUCACCUAGCACAAUGACUGUGUAUGAUAGACAAGAAUGGCUUGAGGGGGAAGCAGAAGAAGUCGCUAGUUCGGAUGGGUCAAAUAAGAGGAGAAAAUUAUUCAACGGAGAUUUUAAUGUACCAUCUCUUAUGGACACUGCAAGUUCUGCAAAACCCGACAAUUCCCUCGAGUACGAGGAUGAUGCUGAAUCUAGUUGCGCCGAUGGCAACAAUCCAGAGCCAGGAGAAAUUCAAUCUUUUUCAGGCAACAAGAGGUCGAGGAAAGACAGAAUACGUGAAACAGUGAACAUUCUCCAGAGCUUGAUUCCUGGUGGGAAGGGCAAGGAUGCAAUUGUGGUCCUUGAUGAAGCUAUCCAUUACUUGAAAUCAUUGAAGUUCAAAGCGAAAGCUUUAGGACUUGAUACUCCUUGAGCUACAGUUUGUCUUGCCAGUAGUACUAGUAAUAUUGUUUGGCAUUAUUAGUAUUAGAAGAUGUUCAUGGUUGCCCAGAAUAAGUUAGGUAAACAUGGGUUGGAUGUGGAUUUUUGCAAGAUGAUGAGUUUCCAGCAUAAGGGCUUAAAAUUGGAAAUAGUGGAGAAAGAGCCCGAACUGUGCCGAAUCUGAAUCUUUUCUUCCAUGAUUGAGCUGGAAAUCAGUAGCUUCGGCCUGUGAAAUUUCUCACUCUAGUCUCUAGAGGGUGAGGUGUGGUAAAAGGAAGAGCAGUAUAUUAUGUUCCAAUAAAAGGGAGAUUUUCAUCAUUAGAGUUAUGCCGUGGGGUUUAGAGAAAGUAACACUCGCACCUGAGCGUGGGGUGGUGGUUGUUGUGUGGAUGAGAAGACUGGUUAUCACAGAGGGACCCGGGAAAAGGAGAGUGCAACUCUGCUUAGGUGGAUUUGGGACCCUACUCUUUUACUUUCUCCCCUUUUUGUAUCCUUGUCAUGUUUUAAUCUUCAAUGGGGGUCAUCUUUUUCUGGUAUAUGGAAUUGCAUGAUGAAGGAGCCUUACUCUGUUUCAUCAUUCAUCGGGUGUAAGGGCCCCAAUACACCAUUCCUGCUCUCAUUCCUUGUUCCGCGCAUGUGAGCGAGAAAUUGCCACUCUCAUCUCCAUACCUAAAUUGAGCUUUUUCUUAUGUGGUGUGGUUGCUUUGUAACUAAUGGACCAAGGAAACGUUGAUAUGGAUGGGCAUGCUGCUAUAAUGGAAAUUGUCUUAGUUGUUGGUUUUGUUGGUAAAUGAUAGACGUUGUAAUGGUUUUGGUGGAUUGAUGAUGUUUAUUCAAUAUGGUUGAUGCUUGUUGUUGUCUU